UAGUACCCUCACAUUUGUUCUUUUGCAUUACCUAUCCUAUCAUAUACAGUAGAUGGGUGAUCAUUCUGCUGCAGAUCGUUUUCAGGCUUUGAAUUCUUCUUCUUCCCAUUUUAUGAACUCAAAUAAUAUGGAACUCCUAAAUAGUAUAAACCUUGAAGCUGAGAAUUUCAGCUCAAAUAUUAACCAACAUGGGUUUUUGGCUUUGUCAAAUGAAGACUUUUCUAAUCAUCAUUCUCAAAAUAUUCAUCAGCUUCCAAACAUGGCUUUUCAUACUGAUAUGAAUCUCUCAAGUUCCAUUUCUGCUCAGAAUAUAUAUGAUCCAGCUGCUGCUGCUCAGUUUUUUACCUUGGGAGGUCCAAGUAGUUAUGGCUGCAGUAGCAAUAUGAAUUCAAUUCCUGAAUCAGAGUCCAUACUGAAUAAUAAUAUUCCAAAUCCUCCACCUCUAGUGUCUGGAACUGCCAAGAACUGUGAAGGGAGAAAGAGGAAAAGAAAUAAUCAGAAAGAAGCUGAGAAGCCAAGAGAAGUUGUUCAUGUUAGAGCAAAGAGAGGCCAAGCUACUGAUAGUCAUAGUUUGGCAGAAAGACUUCGAAGGGAGAAAAUUAAUGAAAAGCUUAGAUGCUUGCAAGAACUGGUUCCUGGAUGUUACAAGACUAUGGGAAUGGCAGUGAUGUUGGAUGUAAUAAUCAACUAUGUCCGCUCAUUGCAAAAUCAAAUUGAUUUUCUUUCAAUGAAACUAUCAGCAGCAAGUUUGUUUUAUGACUUCAACUCAUCAGAGAUGGAUGAUAUGGACUCAAUGCAGGGAACAAACGGGUAUGCAGCUCAAGGAAUGGGGAAGAUUGUUGGUGAAGGAUAUGGAGGAGUUCCUCAGUUUCAAACAUCUUGGCCUCUUUGACCUACUUAUGAUCAUCUGCCUAAGAAAAUUAAUAUACGCAUUUGACACCAUCCCAAUAAUAUGUAGCAGAUAAUUAAGUGUAUUUUAAACUUCCUUACUGGUAAACCCUUUGUUUGUAUUUCAACAAUCUUUUCUUCUUUUUUACUUUCUCUAUUCUAAGUAAUUAUUCCAAAAAAGGUAGUGUUAUGAAGAAAAUACAUUUAUGCUGUUAAAAUUAAA